CCAACCAAGGUACACGCCAUGGUCACAGCUCAGAGCGUCGUACUUGCACUGCUCGCCGUUUUCCUAGCCAUUUCCACGGUCGCGCCCACGCCGACCAACACCACCGGGUUUGUAAACUGCCUGGUCUUCCACCUUCCCCCGGGGAUUAUCUACACGCAAGGGUCCAGCUCCUACCCUUCCGUCCUCGAGUACUCUAUCAAGAACCUCCGGUUCGUCACGCCGGGUACCCCGACGCCCUUGGUCAUCAUCAAGGCCACCAACACCUCCCACGUCCAGGCCUCCGUCCGCUGCGGCGCGCGGCACGGCGUCCGCGUGCGCCCUCGCAGCGGCGGCCAUGACUACGAGGGCCUCUCCUACCGUUCGCUCGACGCGGCUCGCCGUUUCGCCAUCGUCGACCUCGCGGCGCUGCGCGCGAUCCGCGUCGACGUCCGGAGCGAGACGGCCUUGGUCGGAUCAGGAGCCACGCUGGGGGAGCUUUACUACGGCAUCGCCAACAAGAGCGCGCGCCUCGGGUUCCCCGCGGGCAUCGGCCCCACGGUUGGCGUCGGCGGGCACCUCAGCGGGGGCGGCUUCGGCCUGAUGCUACGGAAGCACGGGCUUGCCGCGGACCACGUCGUGGACGCCGUCAUGGUGGACGCCGAGGGGAGGAUUCUCGACAGGGCAGCCAUGGGGGAGGACGCCUUCUGGGCCAUCCGAGGCGGCGGAGGCGGGAGCUUCGGCGUCGUGGUGUCCUGGAAGCUCCAGCUCGUGCGCGUCCCGGCGACGGUCACGGUGUUCACCGUGCACCGGCCAAGAAACCGAUCAGCCAGCGAUCUCCUCACCAAAUGGCAACAGAUAGCACACGGCGCCUUACCCCGAGACAUGAUCCUCCGAGUCGUCGUGCAGAACCAAGACGCGCAGUUCGAGUCCCUCUACCUCGGCAGAUGCAGGGGCCUCCUCGCGACGAUGGCCAAGACGUUCCCGGAGCUCGGGGUGACACGGCAGGACUGUAUCGAGAUGAGCUGGAUCGAGUCGGUGCUCUACUUCGCGUUCUACGGCACGGGGAAGCCGUUGGAGCUGCUCCUGGACAGAGGAAGCAAGCCGGACCGGUACUUCAAGGCCAAGUCGGACUUCAUGCACGAUCCCAUCCCAAAGAACGUGUGGGAGAGCACGUGGGAGUGGUUCCUCAAGGACGGGGCCGGGCUUCUCAUCCUUGAUCCCUACGGCGGCAGGAUGGGCGCAGUCGCGCCGUCAGCGACGCCGUUCCCGCACCGCCGGGCACUCUACAACCUUCAGUACUACGGUUCCUGGUUUGAUAACGGGACAGAGGCGUCGGAGAAACACAUGGGCUGGAUCAGGGGGCUGCACCGGGAGAUGGAGCCAUACGUGUCCAGGAACCCGAGGGGCGCGUACGUGAAUUACAAGGACCUGGACCUCGGCGUGAACGACUCUGGCGGCGACAGCGGCGGAGGGACGAGCUAUGAGAAGGCAAGAGGUUGGGGGGAGUCGUACUUCAAGGAGAACUUUGAGAGACUCGCGAUGGUGAAGGCCAUGGUGGAUCCCAGUGACUUCUUCAGGAACGAACAGAGCAUUCCUCCUCUUCCGUAGUAGACAGCAUUCCCCGCUCCAAUCACAAGGUGGCACUGCCGUGACGCCGAUUGUUUUUUUUUACUUGAAAGGGAAAGUCUACGUAGUGUGUAUGCUUGCAGGGUCCAUUUGUGAAAAUAUGGAUAUUGCAUGCA